AUAUUUGUCAAAAAAGAAAUUUUAAAAAAGGAAGAAAAUUUGAAAUUUUCGAUUUUGUUUAUUUGUAAUUUGUUUGUAUUGGGUUUGGUGUUUUCUUCUCCUUUGUAGCUCCACAAUUCUGCCAAGCUACUAACCUAUGCUUCUCUGAACUUGGGGUUGAGGAGGAAGUGAAAGCCCAUUCGGUGACCAUGUUUCUAUCGCUUUUCUGAAUAAACUCAAGCGGUGAGUUGAAGGCGAGUUUGGAUAUAUACGUCAGCAAAAGAAUGUUUGUGAAGCUCCAGCUGGAUACCAGCUGCUUCACCAUGUUGGGUUCUACCAAGAGCUUACCCAACAUAGCACUCCCAGUUUCUCCAGUAGACAGAAUUGAACGCUUUAGCAAAGAUAGAAACCAUAGAGUUCUGCAAACUCCCAAUGGAGAUGGGGUUAAAAAGAGGUUCAGUGAAAUUCCAAGACCCACCCCUGAUAGAAGUAAUGGAGUUGCUGUUCAUGAGCCUCUGUUGAAAAGGCAGAAUUUUGAGAAGAACCCAGAUAAGGAAAAUGCAGGGAGAACUUUGGAUGGUGGAAAAACCGUGAACAAGAGGGAUUUGGGUGGUAAAUUAAAGUUGGGGAAUGCGGAUGGUGUAAUGGAGAAAAUGCAUACCAAGUGUUCGAAGAAAUGGGUGGCUUAUGGCGGGUGUAUCCCGGCGAUUUUGCAAGCUUUGGAUGAGGUAGAGGAUUUGGAUGAGGCUUUAAAGCCAUGGGAAGAGAGUCUAAAUAACAAAGAAAGAAGCAUAAUUUUGAAAGAGCAGUCGAGUUGGGAAAGGGCCUUGGAGAUUUUUGAGUGGUUCAAAGGAAAGGACUGUUACGAAUUGAACGUGAUUCACUAUAACAUUAUGCUCAGAAGUCUCGGGAAAGCGAGGAAAUGGAGCUAUGUUGAGGGCCUUUGGGAAGAAAUGAAUGUCAAAGGGAUUGCACCAAUUAAUUCGACUUAUGGAACUCUGAUUGAUGCUUAUAGUAAGGGUGGACUUAAGGAAGAAGCACUUCUCUGGCUAGAGAAAAUGAACAAACAAGGAAUGGAACCUGAUGAGGUUACUAUGGGAAUCGUCGUUCAGAUGUAUAAGAAGGCAGGGGAGUUUCAAAAAGCUGAGGAGUUUUUCAAGAAAUGGUCAUCCAGUGAAUGUUCUAGGCAAGAUGGUAGUACUGUGAAUAGUGCUGCUAGAUUGGGGACUGCUUUGCAAGCACAAGUGUGUUUAAGUUCGCAUACAUAUAAUACUUUAAUAGACACAUAUGGGAAGGCCGGACAACUUAAAGAAGCGUCUGAUAUAUUUGCACAGAUGCUUAGGGAAGGAAUUGCUCCAACCACAGUUACUUUCAAUACUAUGAUUCACAUUUGUGGUAACCAUGGCAAGCUGGAAGAGGUGGCUUCAUUGAUGCAGAAGAUGGAUGAGGUUCAAUGUCCACCAGACACAAGAACGUACAACAUUCUAAUUUCUCUCCAUGCGAAGCAUGAUAAUAUAAACAUGGCAACUGACUACUUCAAAAAGAUGAAGGAUGCCCAUCUGGAGCCUGACCUUGUGAGCUAUCGUACACUCUUAUAUGCAUACUCAAUAAGGCAUAUGGUUUGCAGAGCUGAAGAACUUGUCUCAGAGAUGGAUGAAAGAGGACUUCAGAUCGAUGAAUUUACCCAAUCAGCUCUGACUAGGAUGUACAUAGAAGCUGGGAAGCUUGAGAAGUCAUGGUUAUGGUUCAGAAGGUUUCAUCUUGCGGGCAAUAUGAGUUCUGAGUGCUAUUCUGCCAACAUUGAUGCGUAUGGGGAGCGUGGACAUAUUAUGGAAGCAGAGAAAGUUUUUUUUUGCUGCCAAGAAGGGAAGAAACUGAGUGUCCUAGAGUUCAAUGUGAUGAUUAAAGCAUAUGGUGUGGGAAAGUUUUAUAUUAAAGCAUGUCAAUUGUUUGACAGUAUGGAGAGUCAUGGCAUAGUUCCGGACAAAUGUACUUAUAGUUCUCUCAUACAAAUUUUGGCUACUGCUGACAUGCCACACAUAGCAAAAUCCUAUCUGAGUAAGAUGCAGGAGGCAGGAUUGGUAAGUGACUGCAUCCCUUAUUGUGCUGUGAUAUCAAGCUUCGUAAAAUUAGGUCAACUGGAAAUGGCUGAGAAGCUGUAUGAUGAGAUGGUUCGAUUUGGUGUGCAGCCGGAUGUUAUUGUCUUUGGUAUACUGAUUAAUGCCUUUGCUGAUGUUGGAAGUGUUAAAGAAGCUCUCAGCUAUAUUGAUGCGAUGAAAAAGGCAGAUGUACCAGGAAAUGCAGUUAUAUACAAUUCCUUAAUUAAGCUGUACACUAAAGUUGGCUUCUUAAACGAAGCACAAGAAACAUAUGAACUUCUACAAUCUUCAGAGGAAGGUCCUACUACAUAUUCUUCUAAUUGUUUGAUUGAUCUUUAUAGUGAGAGAUCUAUGGUUGAGCCAGCAGAAGAAAUUUUUGAGAGCUUGAAGAGAAAGGGGAAUGCGAAUGAGUUUACAUAUGCAAUGAUGCUGUGCAUGUACAAGAAACUAGGAAGAUUCGAGGAAGCUGUAAGAAUCGCAAAGCAGAUGAGAGAACUAGGGCUUUUAACUGAUUUGCUGAGUUAUAAUAAUGUACUCGGAUUGUAUGCCAUGUAUGGGAGAUUUAAGGAGGUUGUGAGCACUUUCAAGGAGAUGAUGAAAGCUUCUAUUCAACCUGAUGAUUGUACAUUAAAAGCGCUUGGAACGGUUCUGGUGAAAUGUGGAGUUUCAAAGCAGGCUGUCGGCAAACUGGAAGUAACAAUGAAGAAAGAUGCUCAAAGUGGACUGGAGAAAUGGAUGUCAGCACUCACUUCUGUCGUUGGGGUACAUAUUUCCGAUGUGUAGAUAUUCUCUUUGCAACUUGCAUUUUCUCUAUGGACCAUCAGAUCCAAGGUUGGACUUCAUAGUUGCUCAAUGAAAUUCAAGCAGGGAAAUUGGAUUGGAAGUUUAAUGUGACAAUCAAAAUGUUCAUGCCAAUUGCAAUGAGUUGUGUCCUUUACCACUUGAAGGCACCAAAGAGAGAAGAAAAACGUGACAGGAACUUGGCAGGAACUUGAGUUAAGAAUGACAGAAGAUACACAUAACAAAUCUUCCUGUAGGGCAUUGACCCUGUAAAGAUCAGACUAGCAGAAAAUGUUUGUAUAGCCAACCUGUGUACUUGAAAAAAUACCAAGUUGGGAUCAACUUUGAAUUUUUCUUGUAAAUCCAAUUGUAGUUCUUAAUUUACAGUUGUUCGUAUCAUGUACUGCUGUAAGGACUUUAAAGUUGUACUUUUUGCACUAUAUAAAUGUAUUCACCAUAGACUAGCUUUCAAUGGGUCGUGGCCUUUUGAUUCAA